CGCAAGGGCAAUCGGUGAAGGAUGGAUUCGCAGGCGUUCGCGAUUGUGUGCUUGUUCGCUCUCUUGAGUGGUUCGUUGCCAGUGCAUGGACUACGCUUGGCAGAGCAAAAAUGUCAGGAGUACAGGAAGAUGAUCGCUUCCUUGAAGCCCAACACUGCCAGCUGGACGAACGAUUUUGCAACGAUCCCGAACGGUGUUGCCGCACGAGAUGGUGAGUUUCCGCACCAGGUUCGCGUUGGUCAGUGGUUCUACGAGGACGAGGACACCAGCUUCAUUCUACGGUGCGGUGGUGCACUGAUCAGUGAGCAGUACGUGUUGACAGCAGCGCACUGUAUUUGGACCAUGGGCGAUGAGUUCGUCUCGCUCGGACGUCACGAUUACACGCGAGGCUCUAGCUACGCCGAGGUGAAAAUCGAGCGGAACGAUACGAUCCUUCAUCCGAACUACGACCAGCUGACCCCCACCCAGUACGAUGAUAUUGCGCUAGUGCGUCUGGCAGAGCCGGUCACGUUCACCAGCUACAUCUACCCGGUGUGCCUGUGGACCGAUGAGAAACCGUCGCAGCUUCCGAAGUAUAUUGCCACCAACUUCCGCAAGGGUCAGCAAGUUAAUGACACGCAGGACACGCAGCUUAUGAAGUUGCAGCUGAACCGUCUCCCUAAUGAGGACUGUAGCCGGGUGUACGCCGAUAGUGAUUACUACCCGAACGGUAUUCCUGCUAAUCAGCUGUGCGUGCAAUCGCCAGUAGACUGGAGUGCAGCGUGUGACGGAGAUGCCGGAGGUUUGCUGCAAACUCUCGAGGAUGAGCGUGCCGGUUUCUACCGGUUGAUCGGUGUGGAAGGUAAGGGUCAAAGGUGUGACGAGGCACACCAGAUGUACACCUACACCAGGGUGGAGAAGUACUUGGAUUGGAUCGAAGAAACGGUAUGGGGCACCAGCGGUUAAAUGAACUGCCUUAAAUCGAAACCGGAAUCAACCGGAAGCAAUAAAGGACU